AUGGGGUCGAAGUCGACUAUUAUCAUGCUUUAUGACGCUGAAUUCAACUUACCAGAGAAGACGCUGUCACCGUUUGCUGUAAGACUCAGAAUUCUUCUGGAUUACAAGUGCAUCCCGUACCAGAACGUUUGGAUCCACUUCCCUGACAUCGAAGCAACUGCGAAGUCUGUCGGCGCUCCUCCGACAAGAAUCAACGCAGACGGCAGACCAGGCUACACUAUCCCUUUCGUAACCAUCGCAUCCCACGACAAACCCACCAUCGCACUUUCUGAUUCCGCCAAAAUUGUGAAGUACAUUGAGGAAGCAUACCCAGAUCCAGAGGGGAAGAUGCUACCGGCCGGGAUGCGCGUGUUACAUUCGAUCUUCUCUCAAUAUCUGGCGCAGAACAUAGCAGGGCCGAUGUUCAAAUUUGUUCUGCCAGGACUUUUGCGUGCACUAGCUCCGCAUCCCCGUGAUUGGUUGAUUCAAACGCGCAAGAGCACCCUCGGAGUCACGAUUGAUGAAAUGAUCCCGAAGGAUGAGAAAAGUAUUGCGGAGGCGUGGCGAGCCGUUGAUGCUGCAUUCGACGAUCUUGCUGCGCAUCUUGAUAAGGCCGGAGAAGGAAACUUCAGAAUCACGGGAGACGUUAGUUAUGUGGAAUUUGAACUGGUUUCGAUUCUCAACCUCCUCAGACGUACCAACCCCGAUGAGGGAUGGAAGAGGCUCGAAAUUCUCAAUGGCGAUAGAUGGGCGAAACUUAUGGAUCUGCCUAUUUACAAGAGGCUCUUGCCGGCUAAUCGAUUGAAUGCUAUGCUGUAG